GCGCAACUGCGGGCAGACACCAUGCGGCUCCAGGCCUCCUUCUCGGUUUUCCUGAUCCUCGCCUUCUGCCAAGAGCUUUGCUCAGAACCAAGUAAAGUAUUCAGAAAGCCCUUACCAGAGCUAUGCAAACUUCCUAUGGAAAGGGGUGAGUGUCAAACCAUGCAACUGCGAUGGUACUAUAACAUCAAAUCUGGCAAGUGUGACCGGUUUAGCUACGGAGGCUGUGGAGGCAACGAAAACAACUUUCUGACCAGAAAUCAGUGCCGCUUAGCCUGCAGACGUUCCUGAUUUAGCAAGCUUGUACAGCUCUCCAUGAAGUCAAGCUCCCUAUGGGGUCCCCUAAGGC